AUGGCCGCUGCAUCUGUCCAGAACCCUCCCACCUCAUCCGAGUCCAAGUCCUCCAAGAAGAAGAAGGCGAAGGUCGCCGCUGCUGCCGCCGAGCGCACCGAGUCUCCCGCCCCUGCUGCUACUCCCGACCAGCCUGCCUCUGUCUCCGGUAACAACGAGAUCUCCGAGAAUGCCUACAUUCGGGAACUGAAGAAGGGCAUCCGCAACACCAACAAGAAGAUUGGUAAUGCGUCCAAGACUCAGGCUUUGGUCGACGAGCACAAGUCCAAAGGCAAAACCCCCGAGGAGCUCGUCGAGCUCAAGAUCAUCAAUGCCGACCAGAAGAAACAAGUCGACAAUCUGAACUCCCUCAAGGCAGAAGUUGCAAGAUUGGAGGAGCAGCUAGCCCAGUACGAGAAGAUCGAUGGAGAGUACCGUGCCCAGAUUGCUUCUGUCAAGUCGGACAUCGAGAAGACAUACGAGCAGGACAAGGCCGACGCUGUUGCUGAGGUCAAGAAACAGGCUGAGGAGGAUGCGAAGAAGUCGCUGCACGACGGUCUUUUGGUCCUGUCCCAGUUCCUGCGUCUCGCCGCCCACCGACGGGCGGAAGCCCCCGAGUCAACCGAGGACGAGGACCAAGCCCUGGAAGGCAUCCUGCUCGGUGUUUACGGUGGUGACGAGGCUGCUGUCAACGUCAUGCUGCGGCUGUGUGAAGGAACCGAGGAUAAGACUGUUGGCGUUGGAGGCGAGACCCUGCAAACGACUUACGCAACUGUCAAGACUUCAGCUGCCGCCCACUCGGCUCCCCUCUACCAGACGGCUGCCGAGGCCGAGACCGAGACUGAGCCCGUCGAGGCCGUCGAAACUGUUCAGACCGACCCGACCGUUGCCAACGCUGGCCUGACCGAGAUUGAUGCUGGCACGGACAAUGCUUUGACGAACGGACACUCAGACGAGGCUGUUGUGGAUAGCACAAUCCCCAAUGCUGAUGUCGGUGACGCUGCUGCUAAUGCCGCCGGAGAGAACCAAUGGGACACAGGCAAUGACCUGGCCGCUUCCCAGGAGUGGGUUCAGGUACAGACACCACUUGAUACUCCCCUGACCGACAGUGCUCCCGCCGUUCCUGUCGUCGCUGCCGCCACGCCUGCCGCCGCCAACACCGCAUCAUGGGCUGAUGAUCACCCCGAGACCACGCCAGAGCUGAAGGGUGUGAAUAGGCUUCGACCCCUACCGAUCCCAACGACGGCUUUCAGUCUGUCCAGCGUCGUGGCGGAAACCGCGAUGGUGGAAACCGUGGAGGACGAGGCCGUGGCCGUGGAGGUGGUUUCCGAGGCGAUGGCUUCCGUGGCCGCGGACGUGGUGGCCCUAGAGGCGGUCAUCGUGGAGGUCCCCGCCGUGACGCUCCUGAGGCGUCGUCCUAGGGGGCGCGUCAGCGCCACCUGCGGCGGAGAAGAGGACUAG